AUGUCCUCAAUUGCUGCUCUGGCUACUCGCCGGGCUCUGACCCGCCAGUCUCUCCUCCGCGCUCCCCCGCGCCGCUUCAACUCCUCCAAGGUCGAGGAGGGCAACUUCGACAAGGCCGGCAAGCGUGAUCCCGAGCUCUAUGUCCUUCUCGGUGUCAUGUCUGGUGCUUUCCUGAUUGCCGGAUGGUACUUCGGCCGCAAGCCUACCUCCGUUAACUCUGAGAGCAACGUUCGCAUUGGCGAGAGUGCCAUGCCCUGGCACGGCGAGUCCGCGGAUGGCAAGGUCUACAAGUACCAGUACCACCCCCACGGUGACAAGAGCCAGCCCCUCCGCGCUGCUCCCAGCGCCAUGAACACCGUCAUUGUUCCCAAUGUCACCCUGCCCGAGGACCUCCACGAGAAGUUCAACAAGUACGGCAAGGAGGAGUGGGACUACUGAACGGCUAUUGAUUAGCCAUAAGAAGUGCCUUAAGAAGUCGAAUGGAGCGAACCGCCGUUUCUUGCGGCCGGCUGCUGUACACUAAGACCGGGGAGAGGAGAGGGCUGCGUGAACUUGCCAUUGGUAUAGCAAGAGAUUUGUGCAUAGUAUCCGUAUUCAGAUAAAGAGUCAAUUGGGAAUAGGUCUCUUUCUUGCGUUACA